AUGGUGGAGCGGCUCGGCGGAGGCGGGCUGGGGCUGGGCGGCGGCGGCUUCCGCGGCGGCGCGCAGCCCUCGCUCGCCGACUUCCAGCCGCCGUACUUCCCGCCGCCGUUCGCGCCGGCACCGCACCCGGCGAGCCCGCACCAUCAGCAACAGGCGGCUUCCGAGGCGGCGCGCAGCCCUCGCUCGCCGACUUCCAGCCGCCGUACUUCCCGCCGCCGUUCGCGCCGGCACCGCACCCGGCGAGCCCGCACCAUCAACAACAGGUAUAGUAGGGCUCCGAGUACACAGGCCGCCGAUCACAAGCAUCCUAGCUUCCAUACAACCAGGCUACCAACUAUAGGCGGCGCGCAGCCCUCGCUCGCCGACUUCCAGCCGCCGUACUUCCCGCCGCCUUUCGCGCCGGCACCGCACCCGGCGAGUCCGCAUCAUCAGCAACAGGCUACCAACUACAGGCGGCGCGCAGCCCUCGCUCGCCGACUUCCAGCCGCCGUAUUUCCCGCCGCCGUUCGCGCCGGCACCGCACCCGGCGAGUCCGCAUCAUCAACAACAGGUAUAGUAGGGCUCAGAGCAUAUAGGCCGCCGACUAUAGGCGGCUGCUGCGGCGGCGCGCAGCCCUCGCUCGCCGACUUCCAGCCGCCGUAUUUCCCGCCGCCGUUCGCGCCGGCACCGCACCCGGCGAGCCCGCACCAUCAACAACAGGUUACCAACUACAGGCGGCGCGCAGCCCUCGCUCGCCGACUUCCAGCCGCCGCACUUCCCGCCGCCUUUUGCGCCGGCCCGCACCCGGCCAGCAUCAACAACAGGUACAAUCCUCCACCAUGUUUCUACUAG